AUGAAUGUUUCAGCUGAUUUUAAUAAAACAUCGGUUUACGAAUUUUUACAAGAUGUAUUAGAUGGUAAAAAUCAAUAUUUAACACCGGAAAUGAAAAAAAAAGCAACGGAUUUUGUUACGAAUUGCGUUUUACCACCCAAACCAUUUGAUUUAAUAUGGUGGCAAAAAUUAAUAUGGACAAGUGUAUUUGCUGUUAUGUUACUUGUUGCAACCGGAGGAAACAUAAUUGUCAUGUGGAUCGUUUUGGGUAAGUUUACAUGCACAUUUUUCUCUUAA